AUGUCGGCUGUCCAGAAUAUGAGAGUUGGCAUCUUCCUUUUGUGGUGGGGAUGGGUUUGGGCCACUGAAAGCAGAGUGCACUGGAGAGGAAGAGAAAUCCACGAGAUGUCUAAGAAAGGCAGUCCCAGACACAGAGAGACUGCUGUACACAAAGAGGCUUACAGACUAGUGAGCCCGAUUCUGAAACGAAGCCCUGACAUCACCAAAUCGCCACUGACAAAGUCAGAGCAGCUUCUGCGGAUAGAUGACCAUGAUUUCAGCAUGAGGCCUGGCUUUGGAGGCCCGGCCAUUCCUGUUGGUGUGGAUGUGCAGGUGGAGAGCUUGGACAGUAUCUCAGAGGUCGACAUGGACUUCACGAUGACCCUGUACCUGCGGCACUACUGGAAGGAUGAGAGGCUGUCCUUCCCCAGCGCCAACAACCUCAGCAUGACGUUUGACGGCCGGCUGGUGAAGAAGAUCUGGGUCCCUGACAUGUUUUUUGUGCACUCCAAGCGCUCCUUCAUUCACGACACUACCACGGAUAACGUCAUGCUGAGGGUCCAGCCCGAUGGGAAAGUGCUGUACAGCCUGAGGGUUACAGUGACUGCAAUGUGCAACAUGGACUUCAGCCGAUUUCCCCUGGACACACAAACGUGCUCGCUUGAAAUUGAAAGCUAUGCCUAUACAGAAGAUGACCUCAUGCUGUACUGGAAAAAGGGCAACGACUCCUUAAAGACCGACGAGCGGAUCUCACUCUCCCAGUUCCUCAUUCAAGAAUUCCAUACCACCACUAAACUGGCCUUCUACAGCAGCACAGGCUGGUACAACCGUCUGUACAUUAACUUUACAUUGCGUCGCCACAUCUUCUUCUUCUUGCUCCAAACCUAUUUCCCUGCCACCCUGAUGGUCAUGCUGUCCUGGGUGUCCUUCUGGAUCGAUCGCAGAGCUGUGCCUGCCAGAGUCCCCUUAGGUAUCACCACGGUGCUGACCAUGUCCACCAUCAUCACGGGCGUGAACGCCUCCAUGCCCCGCGUCUCCUACAUCAAGGCCGUGGACAUCUACCUCUGGGUCAGCUUCGUGUUUGUGUUCCUCUCGGUGCUGGAGUACGCAGCUGUCAACUACCUGACCACAGUGCAAGAGUGGAAGGAACGGAAGCUGCGGGAGAAGCUUCCUUCCACCUGUGGGUUACCUCAGCCGCGUGCUGUCAUGCUGGAUGGCAGCUACAGUGACAUGGAGGUUAAUGACCUGGGCAACUACAUGCCAGAGAGUGGAGAGAAGCCCGACAGGAUGAUGGUGCAGCUGACCUUGGCCUCGGAGAGGAACUCCCCCGAGAGAAAGAGUCAGAGGGGCAGCUACGUGAGCAUAAGGAUUGACACCCACGCCAUUGAUAAAUACUCCAGGAUCAUUUUCCCAGCGGCAUACAUUUUAUUCAAUUUAAUAUACUGGUCGAUUUUCUCAUAGAUGGUUGUAACUCUAUAAAUUUCACUUUCUUUGGUGUGUACGACAGAAAUACCUGUAUGAUGAAAAGAUUACAAUGAAAAACAAUUCUAGUACCCACCCUUGUCCAGCUUCCCAAAACUACAUUGACAAGACACUUCCUGGUUUAAUUUGCAUUUAUUAACCAUCUAUUGUAUACACAGCAUUAUACUAUGUCCUGCAGGAAUAUACCAUCAGCAACUGAUAGUUGUUUCCAGCAUCUCCUGGAAAACCCCCCUGCCAGGGUUGUGGGCACACUGUAGUUCAGCCUCUUUUAGACCGUAUAUGCUUAUUCACGUGAUUUCCUUUGUAUUACAUUCUUUGAGCUCGGUGGAACUGGGUGGCACUUGAAGUUCAUUUGCAUGGAACAUACAUGCACCUAAAAAUACCCACUUUGACCAAAAUUCAUGCUUCAGUUUAGGGCCUAUUACCUAUUUUUGAUGUAUUGCCUGUUUAUUUUAAUAUUCCUAUAUUUAUUUA